AUGGGAAGUUGUACGUCUAAACCAAUAGACAAUGAGAAGACAAGGGUUGACGUCUCUGGGAGGCAGAAGCAACAGAAACGGCUUUUGGUGAACCCGAGUCAAGAAAUCUCAGAGUCCAAGUCGAAAGCCAAAGUCCAACCCGGCAGCACUGGACAUCGAUUAGGAGGUGGAGAAGGUGCAGCAACACAGGAAUCUUCAGACACUUCAGCAAAGGAAGCGAUGGCUAAAGCGGCUCAAGAUCGUUUCCUUAGGCAACAGAAGCAUUUGGAAGAAAGCAACAAAAAACUUGAUAACUAUAAGAAGACCUCCAGAGCCGAAAAGAACUUGGCUUCGAAAUAA